AUGGCUCAGCGGCAGCACGCAGCGGCGAUCAACACAGCGGCUCACCAAGCUCAGCCUAGAGAGGGAGAGAAUUGGGGCGAUUAUGGUGUGGCUGUGAAUGGCUUCCGCCGACAAAAGAGGGGAGGAAACAUGGUGAGCCAUGUCGACUUUUUGACUCUUCGGCUUUUCAUCACAACCCACGUCGGCUGUAUUCCUCAUAACCCAAUAGCAACCAUGGUCAUAGCCAUUGCCACCGUCACCACCCCUUGA